AUGACCUCCUCCAAUCCCACCCUAAUCUUCUGCCCUGGGGCCUGGUACCCGCCCACAGCCUUUGAGCCCCUGGCUGCCCACUUCCCCGAUCACACCACCCAUACCGUCGCCUUCCCCUCAAUUCAACAGGCCACCAGCGUCCAAGACCUGCAGCCCGAUAUCAACGCACUCCGGACCCUAGUUGAGCAGGAAGCCAGCGCUGGCAAGGACGUCGUCAUCAUCUCGCACAGCUGGUCUGGACUGCCCGUGAAUAGCGCCUUGGAUGGCCUCAGUAAGAGCGAGCGACAAGCUGCUGGCGAGACCGGCGGGGUAGCCAAAUUGGUAUUUAUCUCGGCCUUCAUCCCCGACAUCGGCGAGAGCUUGAUCGGGGCCUUUGGUGGGGUUCCUCCUGACUGGUAUGACCGCGAUGAAUCCAACGGCACCGUCAGCGCCGUCGACCCCUACAGUCUCUUCUUCCACGACGUCCCCGACGGUGAACAAUGGGCCCAAACCCUUCGUCCGCACGCCUGGGCGACCAAGAACUCGCCCGCCACCAGCACCGCCUACACCCGCAUUCCCAGCACUUAUCUCCAAUGCGAAAAUGACCGUGCCAUCCCUCUCUUUGUCCAGCAGAUGAUGGUGGAGAAAGCGCGCGGAAAGGGCGCGGAAAUGACCACGGAGACCAUUGCCACGGGCCAUUCGCCAUGGCUGGUCGAUCCCGCGCCUGUGGCUGCUUUUGUGCAGCGGAGCCUG